GCUAACGGCUAACGGCUAACGACCCGCAGACGUCGGAGCUCGGAGCGCCGGAGCUGCGUCUGAAAACCCGCGGCUCCGCUCCACACACGGGCCCGGGACUGUGAGCCCUCCCCCGGGACUCUCUCCGGGGCUGUUCGGCCUCGGGACUCCGGGUUUAGACCUCAGUCCUGCGGCUUUGGUCCGAGCAGCAGAGCGUUAGCAUCGGGCUAGCAGCGUUAGCAUGUCGUUAGCAUGUCGUUAGCUUGUCGUUAGCGUCUUUAUUGUUUUGAUUCGAGUUUGUUUUGGAGUUUCAGCGCGUUUCGCUUUUACGCGCUUCGGUCCUGGAGAUAAACGUGUCCGGGCUUCAGCUGCGGCGGAUUCUGUUGUUGUUUAUUUGUUUUUUUGUCUUUAAAACUAAAAUAGUAUUUAUUUUCACAAUAAGCUAAGCUAACGUUAGCGCUGUCCGGGUUCAUCAGACUCUGGGAGUUUGUCCCUGAGUCCAGCCUCGGUCUGGGCUUUGGCUUUUGGUCUGGUCUUGGUCCUGGUCUUUGGUCUUGGUCCUGGUCUUUGGUCUUGGUCCUGGUUUACUUCAGUCUCUUGAGCUUCAGGUGACAGGAGUUGGAGUUUGUUGCUCAGGUUCUUCAUUUGUUCUCAGACUCUGUGUUUAAUGUUUAAUGUUUGUUGUGUUUAUCAGCGCGUUUCUACAAAACUUAUUUAUUGAAUUUAUUUAUUUAUUGAAUAUUGAGUGAAUUUAGUGUCGAGUUUAUUUCAUUGAGCUGCACAUUCAGCUUUAGUGCUUCACUGGGAUUAUGUGUUAUUACUGAACCCGGUACAGAACCCACAGGCCCGUUAGUCCCGGUACAGAACCCACAGGCCCGUUAGUCCCGGCACAGAACCCACAGGCCCGUUAGUCCCGGUACAGAGCCGGUUCAGAUCCGUCUCUUGUCGUGUUCUGGAGGAUCUUUCCCGGUGUCCUGAUGUUCUGGUCCUUCUCUGUCUGAUGCCUCUGGACUCUCCUCCUCCUCUUCAUCACUGAACCAUGUCUGUGACGACAGGGCUUCACCUGACGCUCCACCUGCUCCUGCUCCUCCCAGGUGCCGCUGCGUCUCCGAGAGACGAGAACGUUUAUGUGUCUGGGAUCACCAACGGCUGCAGUGAGACGGUGCAGCUCCGGUCUUCGUCGGGUCUCGUGUCCAGUCCCGGUUGGCCUUUUCAGUAUCCGUCUAAAGUGAACUGCAGCUGGAACAUCCGAGCUCGUCCCGGAGACACCGUCACCAUCAGUUUUCUGGAUUUCUCUCUUCAGUCGUCUCAGAGAUGUUCCUCAGAUUUUCUCCUCAUCGAUGGACUCAGACUCUGCGGCUCCAACAAACCUGCUCCAUACACGUCCAGCACCAACCAGGUUUCCAUUCACUUUCACUCAGACGGAGCCGUGAGCGCAAAAGGAUUCAGACUGGAGUACAGCUCAGGUCGCCCGUCGUCGUUGUCCUGCGCUCCGGAUCAGUUCCACUGUUCUUCGGGUCGCUGUGUUCCGGAGUCUUGGAGGUGUAACUCUCAGGACGAGUGUGGAGAUGGUUCUGACGAGGAGCUGUGUGUGGACUCCUUCACCCCCUGCUCCUUCAGCCAGUUCCCCUGCGUGUCCCGCUACACCCGCAUCUACACCUGCCUGCCCCAGGGCCUCCGCUGUGACGGGAGCAUCGACUGUCAGGACCUGAGUGAUGAGGUGGACUGUGAAGUUCCAUUUUGUGGAGAACGUUUGAAGAACUUUUUUGGUUCCUUCAGUUCCCCAAACUACCCCGACUUCUACCCCCCCGGCUCCAACUGCACCUGGCUCAUCGACACCGGGGACCACCGCAAGGUGAUCCUGCGCUUCACAGACUUUAAGCUGGAUGGGACGGGUUUUGGGGACUUCGUGAAGGUCUUCGAUGGUCCAGAGGAAAACCCGCGGCGUCUCCUCAGAGUCCUGACCGCGCUGGACUCCAGGGGCCCCCUGGUGGUCGUGUCCUCCUCCGGACAACUGCGCGUUCACUUCUACGCCGACAAGAUCAACGCGGCGCGAGGGUUCAACGCCACGUACCAGGUGGAGGGCUUCUGUCUGCCCUGGGAGCUUCCGUGUGGAGACGGUUUCGGUUGUUACAGUUCGUCGAAUCGUUGUGACGGGUUCUGGCACUGCCCCAACGGUCGGGACGAGUCCAACUGCUCGUGGUGCCAACAGAACGAGUUCCCCUGCUCCAGGAACGGAGCCUGUUACCCCCGAUCGGACCGAUGCAACUACCAGAACCGCUGCCCCAACGGCUCCGACGAGAAGAACUGCUACAGCUGCCAACCGGGCAACUUCCACUGCAAGAAUAACCGUUGCGUGUUCGAGUCGUGGGUGUGCGACGCUCAGGACGACUGCGGCGACGGCAGCGACGAGGAGGCGUGUCCUGUUACCGUGCCGACCAGAGUGAUCACGGCGGCGGUGAUCGGGUCGCUCAUCUGCGGCCUCCUGCUCGUCAUCGCCCUCGGCUGCACCUGCAAACUCUACUCACUACGAAUGUUCGAACGCAGGUCGUUCGAGACUCAGUUGUCCCGCGUGGAGGCGGAGCUUCUGAGGAGAGAGGCUCCGCCCUCUUACGGUCAGCUGAUCGCCCAGGGUCUGAUCCCCCCCGUCGAGGACUUCCCCGUCUGCUCCGGGAACCAGGCGUCGGUCCUGGAGAACCUGCGUCUGGCCGUCCGUUCUCAGCUCGGGUUCCCGUCUCUUCGUUUUUCUCGCCGUUCUUCGUGGGGUCGCUGGUUUUCGUCGCGGCGCCGCUCGUCGGUGGCGCUCGUGUCGUCGGAGCUGGAGGCGGGGCGUCUCCACGGCGACGGCUCUGAGGGGGCAGAGCCUCUGCUGCAGGAGGCGGAGCCGGAGGGGGCGGUGGGCGGAGCCACGCAGAAGGUUCCCGUGGAAACGACGACGUCAUCAUCUGCGCAGACGCCAACAUCAGCGCCAACGCAGCGCCUCAGCUGGACUCUAGACUCUGGUUCUGUUUCGGCCGCGGCUCUUCAGCGUCUCGCCUCAAACCUGCAGCGGCUCCUGAACCCCGACCGUCACCGCGGCAACACGGACCCCUCCCCCCCCUGCCCCCCCUCCUCCUCCUCGUCACCGCGGAGACGGGCCGGAGCGUCGCCGCGGAGACGCCGCAGAGACGCAGCAUCAGCGCGUCAACGGAACCUGCCCCCGCUGCGGCAAAGUCCACACGGGAGCCCCAGAAACCUGCUCCCGACCUGGACCGGACCAGGACCAGAACCAGAACCAGGACCCGGACCUGAGCCCGGACCUGAGCCCGGACCUGAGACUGAACCAGGACCAGAGCCGAGAGAGCAGCGACGAUGAACUUCUCCUGCUCUAGAACCACAACACAGAACCACAACACAGAACCACAACACAGAACCACAACAUAGAACCACAACACAGAACAUAGAACCACAACACAGAACCGACCCGACGAGGACACAGACGUACAGACACAUGUCCAACUGUCCAACUGUCCCUCUGCUCCUCCUCUUCUUCUUCUUCUUCCUCUUCUUCUUCUUCUUCUUCUUCUUUGUUGUCGUCUGCUCCUCGUCAGGUUAAAUCUUCUUGUGAUGUCACUGCGCUCCACCUGAAUCGGCCAAUCAGAUCAGAGUACGAAGAACUGUCCAAUAGCGGUACGAGGCCUGGAUCAUGUGACUGAACACGCCACGUUUUGGAAGCACAACCUCGUCACGACGCCGGACCUCAGGUCGUGGCGGCCUGGGGCGGGGACCUGGGGCGGCGGCGUGGGGCGGCG